ACCUCCAGCAUCGCGAUGCCGCCUGGGCGCGUCGCCCAUCGCAAAUUGUCGGAUUACUGCGGCAUCUUCGCCGAGAAGACUAAUAGGAUCGGCAGGAACGUGGAGAGCUUCAUGCAGUCCCGCGGUUUGCUACCGAUUCGCCGCUCGGUCGACGAAACGCCACGCCGCGACGUGCUCGGAGUUAACGGCGACGUGAUCAGAAACGACCCUCCGCCGCGAGCCGAUGGGGAAACGAGAAGCGAGAACCCUUACCAUCGCCAGCACGAGAAUCGCGAUUACGAGCGGCCGCGCAGGAACGGCCAGAAGAAACGCGUGGCGUACUCCAAUAGCACUUAUCCCCGGGACCCAACGCGAGCCGACGCGAGUUACGUUCGUCGUUUUAACGAGAUAGAACCACGUCGCGCCAGGAGGCGCGAGUACGCGGUAACCGAUUACGACGCGGCGGACACCUGGAGACAAGAGCUGGACCUCGCGAGAGGUGGCCCGUGUGUCUCCAAGCCGAUUCUGAGAAACGGCAUCAAUCACGGCGUAGACGAGAGGCCGUAUUAUUCGACCCUGCCGCGGCGCAGCAAGACCAUCAACUUCAAGGAUCAAGCGGCCGGCUCCCCGGAGGGAGGACGAUGGCGCGCGUAUCCGAAGAGCCUGCAGGAUCUAACGGAUUUGGAACUCGACGACGUCGCGUAUCUCCCGUUCGCCCACGGUGGGGACGGCACGCGGGAGGAGAGACUCGACGACAAUUAUCGUCGACGUAACAGGUAUCGCCCAGAGAAGGAGGAGGAGGACGAGUCGCCCUUCGACGACGAUUAUCUCAGGCUCUGUAGGAGCCUGUCGAGAUUAGAUAGGUAUCCGCGAGGCGGUAGAUACGGACCGGGCGAGGUACACUACGAGAGGGAAUGCAGAACUUUCGGCAAGGACACGGUCGCCUUCAUCUACUACAAGACGUGCUACUUAUGAUCUGAAGAGAAACGCGAUGCAAACGAGCGGUCGGGGGUUCACUCGUCGACAGACCGUCCAUCGAUACGCACGGCUCACGAUCUCAAGCGGAAAUGCGCGUACGGCCGAUCGGCCGUCGCCAGUCUUCCGCGUUUCACGAGCGGAAGCAUUUUCUACUCGGCAAUUUGGCUUAGAUCUUUGUGUUAAGUCGAUCGCAACAUUUAUCACUGCAGUAGAGAUCGAUAUUACAGAAAUUCCCUUCCUCAGAUUCAUAUCUUUUUAACGAUAACAUAUCUUUAUUAAGACGUAAAAACGAAUAUCCGAGUGGGAAAAAGAGAGAACGAGAGAGAAAGAUACAAAGAAAACUGAUUGAGUAAUUGAGUCACAAAUUGCCUUCAUGUCUGGCUUUAAUAAGUAAAUCGUUUCUCGACUGAUAACGAAGUUAUAUCAUCGAGCUUUAAAUAGUUGCUCUUACGUAACUUCUCUUUAAAAAAAAGAAGAAGCGUGAUAUAUCUCUUUUCCUUUUAGAAGUCAUCUUACAGAACUAGAUUAAUUUUUGAUUCGUUAUACGAGAUAAAUCGUUACGCCCAUUCUUCGCGCUGUCUACUCAGUAUCGCAUCUCUUCGAGAUGCUUGCAAAUACUUGCAAAGGAUGAUCAAAAACGAUACCAAAUAAUAUCUAUAUACUAGCGUCAGAUUAGAUCUGAAAUCGUAACCUGUAAACUACUUCAUGCUUGUCGUAUUACCUAUUUUAUAUAUUAGUUUUCGGAGACUGUUCUUUUCAUCAGGUUGAAAUAGACUCUGCGCUAAUAAAUUUUCUAUAAUAUUCAAAGCUCAUUCGCGUCAAGAGGCAACACUAUCGCACUUUCCAAGCGAGAAAGCGACAAUACAUUACGCGAAUAACAAUGUGUAUAAUUACGUAUACCACGAGUAAAACGAUAUUAACAGAGAGUCCUUAGGUGGCUCGAUAGACUGCUCGUAGACUGCCAAGCUAGUCUUUCCGUAAAGUAGUCAAUAUGCAAUGAGUUUGCAAUAAUUUCCGCCGCUAUCUUUUCAGCCGGUUUAAUGGUGUUCGAGCACCAUUUCUUUCGAGGAUAUCGCGACGAGCCUCGAGAGGGGGAGAAAAUUGUCAGCGCUAGAUAACGAAACGAAAUGUUUUUACAGCCAAGCGGCGCGUGUCGCUGGGGCAUUCGCGUUUACUAGGAAGGUACACGACAAUAUAUAGUGUGUAGAGAUACUUUCCGCGGACGUGUGCAAAAUAGUAAAUUUUGCUAAACUCGGAAUAUCGGGGCCUCGUCGCGUGGCACAGGCGCCAAUGACUUAACUACGACAAUAUCGAUUUGUAGAUGUAUCUACAUAUGUUUCAUAUAAGACGCGUAUUGUGUACAUUGGUUAUUGUAUAUUAUAUACAUAUGUCUCCGUCGUGCUCGUGGAACUUACGCAAUUAGCGACGACACGACGCGACAUAUAUAGCCGACAAACAAAUUCUCGACAAUACCACAAAUUGCUAAUUUCGCGAAGCCGGUAGAGCGAAAUUCGGCACUGUUAGCUUUAUUAAGAAAUUAUGCAUAUGUAAUACGUGUAACGUUGGAAGCAGCUAUACUUAUAAAUAUCCGCGGGUGCGAGGGCGCGAGUCCCUCAUCUGUGCAACUGAUCUUCAUUAUUCCUCCGAGUCUUCUGCUUUCGACGAUUUCCUGCACUUCCCGAGAGUGCGGCCACUCGUGUGGCGAAGUCGCGAUUAGACGAAAGUCUCCAUGACGUUGACUGCACUUUGCGGAUCACAGUAAAUCUGUGAUAAUCGUCGCGGGGAAAAAUUCCCUUGAAAUAUCUUUGAUGCCGGGGCUACACAACGUGGGCGAAAACAAAAAGGAACGUAUUACUACGACGAAUCGGAUUUGAUAGAGACUGAAGUACCGAUAUGAGGAGGAAAUUUUUCGUCGCGCGUGCCGCAGAACAGAAAUCGCGUCUGUAAUUUAUCUAUCGUACCCGUGAGUCAUAUCCCUGCCAUAUCCUAUACGUAACCAAGUGUAUAAAAGUCAGCGGAGGCGCAUUAAAUCCCCUGUACUUAAAUAUUUUCACGUAUUUCUGUAGACAGUGAUCGAUCGACGCGCGGAGGGAGGGGGAGAAAGAGAAAAAUCUGCGUUUGCGCAAGCUAUAUCGAUUCGCAAAAUACAUUCCAUUUUUUAUACAUGUAAAAGACACGUGUAUAUGAUACGCGAGAAAAAUAAUAUUGCCAACGUCGAAAUCGUAAAUUCGGGAAACGACAUAUCACGUAAGAAAUAUAUAAUAUUUCGGUACCGGCAUUACUGUCUACAAGAAACGAGUACGCGCUCCUUCCUAUACGAGGAAAAAAAAACCAUAGUUACAUAGAGUGUCCUGAAAAAAUAUAUACCAGCGCAUUCUAAUUAAUGCUUUAUCGCGACAAAUUCUCGGCACGAUUACUCUUCAGUCUGAGAAAAAAAAGACUGUCAGCAACCCAUCUUGGGGCCCACAAUUAGCAAUCGAAUUGUUUCAAUUGUUCGUAACUUCUGCUCUGGAAAACAUUUUGACCGUUUCUUUUUGCCGGUAAGUGCCUCUUGAGUGAAAAUUAUCUUUGCGUUACUGAAUAUCGACAGAACGAACUGAGAGAAUUAAUUAGUAUUAC